AUGAAGGAUUCAAAUUUUCCUUCCAAUAAAAAAAGAACAAUUGAAAGGAAGGAAAAUGAGAAUCCUUCAUCAAAAUCCUCAACUUUGCACAAAAAAUCCAAGCAAAUAACCAAAUCAGCCCUAAUUCACAUCCGAAGUUUCAAUGUCCCUUUAAUUUCACCGCUCACCGGUUCACCUCUCAUUUCAAUCAGUCUAGAACCGGACCGGCUUUACACUAUUGGUCGAAUUGGUGAUUUUCAGUUCAAAAAUCGGUUUGUGAGUAAGCAACAUUGUCAGAUUUUAUUUGAUAGUUAUAAACGCAAAAUUUACAUACAUGAUGGUGUUUUAUUACCGAAUGCUGUUAACAAUAGUGAAAAUAAUUGUAUUGUUAGUGAAUUUAGGAGAAGGCUAAGUUAUUUUGAGGAUCCUGAAUUGGAAAUGGAGGGAUUUAAUAGGGAUUUUAGUUUUAGGAUUUCAUUGAAUGGGGUUUUUGUUAAUGGGGUUAGGUUGGAAAAUGGGAUGGUGAGGGAAUUGUGUGCAGGAGAUGAGGUUUUGCUUGUUUGUGGUAAUGAGGGAGAUUGUAGUUUAGGGGGUCGAACUGGGUUUUUGAUUAAAGGGGUUGUCUUUAAGGAGGAGGUUGUUACGGGGUUGAAUGAGGUUUGGUUGGAGCGAGAUUGGUUGUUUGAUUCAGCAGGACAAUCGCAAGGAUCAGUGUCCAGUGGGAGUAGAAACAAAAGGGUUUUUGCUAUCCAGGGAGAUGAGGUCAUGGUUCCUGAUUUUGAUUUUCGGAAGCAGAAAUGUGGGGGUGUUAUUGAGAGAGCCAGAUUUCUGUCGAGUCGGUGUAGAGAUGUGUUGAGUAGUGAUGACCCCAUAUCUUAUAUUUUGCAAUGCAAUUUAUCAGAUACUGGAAUGGAUGUGCCUUGUAUUUUUGUUGACAAAUCAAACUACUCUGUUGGUGUUGCUGUAAGUGAUAAAAGUAAAUCCCUUGUUCAAGGGGAAAAGGAGAUAAAUGGUGGGGUGCUAGCAGUCAGGGAUGAAGCACCACAGCAUCAUAACCUGCAAAUUGAUCAGGAUAUCCAAACUGCUAGAGCAAAGAGUGGGAGAGACCGUGUUUGUAUCGGAGGUGACCAUUUGCAUCAAAAAGACGUUGCUACAGUCCAUUCUGAGAGUUGUAUUGACAAUACUUGUAAGACUUCGUCAUUGAAUACUGUGGCUAAUGAUUAUGCACCUGGUGCCAACAGCUUUAUACAGAUGAACUCUUGGAAAAACUUCUAUCCGCCACCUGGGAAGAAGUUUUACCUGAAUCGUCUACAAUUAAUGGACCGCGGUUCAUUCAGCCAUCCUGAUGUCAUUUCUUUGCCAGAACUUCUCUGUCCUGUUGAAAGCAUUUCAAGAAUAUUCAUUGCAACAUUUACUAGCGAUAUUUUAUGGUUUCCCCCAUUCCCUGAGGCUAUAGCAUUUGGUCAAGACCGCAAGAGACAGGGGAUUGCUUGCCAUCAUCCAAAAUUGCUUGUUUUGCAAAGACAAGAUAGCAUUCGCAUUAUCAUUACUUCUGCAAAUUUAGUGUCAAAUCAGUGGAAUAAUGUGACCAACACAAUUUGGUGGCAAGAUUUUCCUGCAAGAAGUGCACCUGACCUUUCAUCUCUUUUCAUUCAAGUUUAUGAUGGACAAACAAAUAAAGAUUCAAGAUCUGAUUUUGCUGCUCAGCUGGCUGGCUUCAUGGCAUCCCUUGUGAUUGAUGUACCUAGUCAGGCCUAUUGGAUUUCUGAGUUGACAAAAUACAACUUUGAAGGGGCAAACGGACAUCUAGUUGCUUCAGUACCAGGGAUCCAUUCCUGCAGAUCUCCCAAUGCUUAUCAGUUGCCACUAAAGCCAUCUGGUGUGCAGUUCCUUGGCUCAGUUGAAGCUUCUGUCGUUGGAUUAAGCCACCUUUUUCACACUGCAGCUGACAGAAAUGGCAUGCAGCUUAAGCAACUGGCUGCUUUCCUCGGGAAAUGCUGUGAAAAUGCAUAUGGGAUGUCGGAGAUUGUUUUGAGAAGAAACCUCAAUGUGCCUGCAGAUGUGAAUGCCGUGAGCGUUCUGGUUUCUAAUCCUGACCAAUUUUCGGAAGGAGCACUAGAUUGUAUUCAACUUGGUUUUCUGCCUAGAAAUGUUGCCAAGUGGGUAUCUCCAUUGUGGGAUAGUGGAUUCUUCAGAUUCUCUGGACAUGUUUAUUCUAAAGAAGCCCUCGCUGCUGCCUUAGGAGAAAGCAACAUGAGAGGGCCUUGCUUUCCAGAUAUGAUGAGGUUGAUGCAAACUGAACAUGUUCUUGCAUUUUGCUCUCUUGUUGCUUCAGUUCAGAGGUGUACUGGCCUUUGGCGAAUGGAAGAGGUUCUAGGUCAGUACAAAUGGCCUGAGUCUCAACAAUCUGAUUUCAUCUAUGGCUCGUCCUCAAUUGGAUCUAUCAAUGCACAAUUUCUGGCUGCGUUUUCAGCAGCUGCUGGAAAACGAUCAUUGCAACUCUUUGAUUCUGAAGAAUCUGAUCCAGAGUGGGGCUGCUGGAGUGCUAGCCAAGAGUUGAGAAAUCCAUCAAUUGGGAUUAUUUUCCCUACAAUUGAGAGAGUGAAGAAUGCCUGCAACGGGAUCUUGCCGUCGAGACGCAUUCUUUGCUUCUCAGAGAAAACAUGGCAGCGGUUGAGAUGCGUAGACAUACUUCAUGAUGCAGUUCCGCAUCCCUCCGAUAGAGAAGGCUGCCCAAUGCAUGUCAAGGUGGCUCGGAGACGCUUCCAGUCUAAGACAGAUGCAUCUUCUUUUGGUUGGGUUUAUUGUGGGUCACAUAACUUCAGUGCUGCUGCAUGGGGACGAGUAAUCUCCAAUCCAUUCGGUUUGAAAUCGAAGGAACCUGGGAAAACCAACACUCGUUUGAGUUCAAGGCUUCAUGUUUCUAACUAUGAACUUGGGAUCAUUUUCACCUUCCCUCCAACAGAGACAAAGGCCAUCACUAACAAAGAUUGUGCUAACUUGGAUGAUAUUGUUUUGCCAUUUGUUGUCCCAGCUCCAAAGUACGGACUCACAGAUCGACCAGCAACAGCAAGAGCUAUGAGAGAGGCAUUAACUGAACUUACUGAGCUAGAGAGAGACGAACUCAUAGCAGAAGAAGUGAUAGAAGAGAUUCCUGAGGAAGAGGACGAAGCUGUCGAGGCAACUGAUUACGUUGUAGAGGAGAAAGAAGAGGAGAAAGCUUAUGCUGAGAUGCUAUGGAUCCAGGUUGAUUCAUCUCAGAGCUGUUGA